CUUCAUCUCAUUUUAUUUUUCUAAAUUUCCAAAAUGACUAUUUCUUCAGCUCUUCCCGUCAAUGAAACCGAGCUUUUAGCGCUUCGUGAACGUUUCGAAAGUUACGGCCAAGGUCAUGUUUUCAAGUUUUUCCAAGAACUUGAAGUGGAGGGACAAAUUGCACUUUUGAAGCAACUGAUGGAGGUGGAUGUGGAACGUGUGAAUCAAAUCUAUCGUAAGGCCAUUGAAGGAGCUGAAAGUAGUGUUUUAAACCAAGAUACCACAUUUGAGCCUUUACCCGAGAAUGUAUUUGAAUCCGUAUUGGAGAGCUCCCCUCAAAAGAUUCGUGAAUGGGAAACGAUCGGUCUCACUCAAAUUGCUCAAGGUAAAGUCGCCGUUAUCUUGAUGGCGGGUGGUCAAGGCACUCGUCUUGGUUCGUCUGCUCCCAAAGGUUGUUACGAUAUUAACUUGCCUUCCAAGAAGACCUUGUUUCAAUUACAAGCUGAACGUAUCUUACGUGUUCAAGAAAUCGCUCGUCAAUAUACCACCGCUGGUCAAUUAGACACCUGCGUCAUCCCUUGGUACAUCAUGGUCUCUGGUCCUACGCAUGCUCCUACCUUGGAUUAUUUCAAGAAGAACAACUUUUUCGGCUUAAAGGAAGAGAACGUCAUCUUUUUUGAACAAGGUGUUCUUCCUUGUUUAACGAUGGAUGGUAAGAUUAUUUUAGAGGCAAAGGAUAAGGUGGCCAUGGCACCCGAUGGUAAUGGUGGUAUUUAUGCUGCAGUACAAAAUAAGGGCGUCAUUGACUCAUUGAAGAAGCGCGGUAUUCUUUAUUCUCAUUGUUAUUGUGUUGAUAAUUGUCUUGCUCGUGUUGCCGAUCCCGUCUUUAUCGGUUACUCUGUUUCCAAGGGAACCGAUUGUGGUGUGAAAGUGGUUAGUAAAUCCGCCCCCGAGGAACCAGUUGGUGUUGUUUGUGUGCGUGAUGGUAAAUACGGUGUUGUUGAAUACUCUGAAAUUUCACAAGAGGUCUCUGAGAAGCGACAAGAGGAUGGAUCACUUCAAUUGAGAGCCGCCAACAUUGCUAACCAUUUCUUCUCCACCGAGUUUUUGGAACGUGUGCCUUCCUUUGCUUCUCAAUUGGAGUAUCACAUUGCUAAGAAGAAGAUUAAGUUUGUUGAUGAACAAGGUGAGACAGUGACACCCAAGUCCAACAGUGGUAUGAAAUUGGAAUGUUUCGUCUUUGAUGUCUUUCCUUAUGCUCAUCACUUUUCCGUAUUGGAAGUGGAUCGUAAAGACGAAUUUUCUCCCCUCAAAAAUGCUCCUGGAACAGGUGCUGAUUGUCCAGAAACAUCCAGACGAGACAUCGUGGCACAACACGUGCGUUUUGUUGAGGCCGCGGGGGGUAAGGUCGUACACGACGGUGAUUUCGAGUCCCUUCAAUUCGAACUUUCUUCUUGGGUCUCUUAUGCUGGUGAAGGUCUUGCUGAUGUCGUUGCUGGUAAAACUAUUCAUACUCCUGCUGUCAUCGAAACCAAGGCUGAUUUGAUUCGUUUGGCCAUCUAAAAAAAAAAAAAGGCAACAUACAAAAAAAAAAAAAAAAAACUACAUUGAUCAAAAAAAGUUUCAUAGACAACUCUCCCCCUUCAAACACAAACACACCCCUUUUUCAUCUUUUUCUUUAUACCU